AUGGUGGUCCAGAGCCGCAGACGCCCCCACUCGGCGCCCGGCACGGAGCUGGUGCGGGGCUGGGCCGGCCCGGAGGAGCCGGAGGGGCGGGGCCGCCGCGCCAGCUCCCCUCCCUGCCGCCCGUCGCCUUCUCCUCCUCGCGCUUCCCGGGCUCAGAGCGGCGGCAGCAGCGGCCGCGGCAACAGCUUUGGCUCCGGCUCCUCCCGCUCCCGCUCCGGCCCCGCUCGGCCCCACUUGCCCGGGCCCCGCGCCCCGACCCCGCCGCCGCGCCUGCCGGGGGCCUCGGGUGCCCCCGCCGCCCGCCUCACGCUGAAGUUCCUGGCCGUGCUGCUGGCCGCGGGCAUGCUGGCGUUCCUCGGUGCCGUCAUCUGCAUCAUCGCCAGCGUGCCCCUGGCGGCCAGCCCGGCGCGGGCGCUGCCCGGUGGCGCCGACAACGCCUCGGCCGCCUCGGGCGCCGCCGCGUCCCAGGGUCCGCAGCGCAGCCUUAGCGCGCUGCACGGCGCGGGCGGCUCGGCCGGGCCCCCAGCGCUGCCCGGGGCUCCGGCGGCCAGCGCGCACCCGCUGCCGCCCGUGCCCCUCUUCAGCCGCUUCCUGUGCACGCCUCUGGCGGCUGCCUGCCCGUCGGGGGCCGAGCAGGGGGACGCGGCGCCGAGCGAGCGCGAGGAGCUGCUGCUGCUGCAGAGCACGGCCGAGCAGCUACGCCAGACGGCGCUGCAGCAGGAAGCGCGCAUCCGCGCCGACCAGGACACCAUCCGCGAGCUCACCGGCAAGCUGGGCCGCUGCGAGAGCGGCCUGCCGCGCGGCCUCCAGGACGCCGGUCCCCGGCGCGACACCAUGGCCGACGGGCCCUGGGACUCGCCCGCGCUCAUCCUCGAGCUGGAGGACGCCGUGCGCGCCCUCCGGGACCGCAUCGACCGCAUCGAGCAGGAGCUUCCAGCCCGGGUGAACUUCUCAGCGGCCCCAGCCCCUGCGCCCGUGGUGCCCACCGCCCUGCACUCCGAGAUGGACGAGCUGGAGGGGCAGCUGCUGGCCAAGGUGCUGGCGCUGGAGAAGGAGCGCGUGGCCCUCGGUCACAGCAGCCAGCAGCAGCGGCAGGAGGUGGCGAAGGAGCUGGACGCCCUGCAGGACCGUGUAGCAGAACUGGAGCGCGGGUCCUCAGCCUACAGUCCCCCAGACGCCUUCAAACUCAGCAUCCCCAUCCGCAACAACUACAUGUACGCCCGCGUGCGGAAGGCGCUGCCCGAGCUCUACGCCUUCAGCGUCUGCAUGUGGUUGCGGUCCAGGUCGGGCGGCACUGGCCAGGGCACCCCCUUCUCCUACUCGGUGCCUGGGCAGGCCAACGAGAUUGUGCUGCUGGAGGCGGGCCAUGACCCCAUGGAGCUGCUGAUCAAUGACAAGGUGGCCCAGCUGCCCCUGAGCCUGAAGGACAAUGGCUGGCAUCACAUCUGCCUCUCCUGGACCACAAGGGACGGGCUGUGGUCUGCCUACCAGGAUGGAGAGCUGCAGGGCUCCGGUGAGAACCUAGCCGCCUGGCACCCCGUCAAGCCUCACGGGAUCCUUAUCCUGGGCCAGGAGCAGGAUACCCUAGGUGGCCGGUUUGAUGCCACCCAGGCCUUCGUGGGUGACAUUGCCCAGUUUAACCUCUGGGACCACAUCCUGACACCUGCCCAGGUCCUCGGCAUUGCCAACUGUACGGGGCCGCUGCUGGGCAACGUCAUCCCCUGGGAAGACAAGCUGGUGGAGGCCUUUGGGGGUGCAACGAAGGCCGCCUUCGAUGUCUGCAAGGGACGGGCCAGGGCCAAGGCAUGAGGGGCCGCCUCGUCCAGGGCCCCUCCCUUGCCUGCCAAUUCGGGGGCCUUCCGGGGCGGGGUCACAUUGCUUCCUCAGCCUACCCACAUACUGGCCUCCUCUCUUGCCCCACUCCUGGCCACGCCUCCCGUUUCCGCUGCGUCCACCCACACCUCCAGAACGCCCUGCCCUCGAUGGCUUUCCCCUAAUCCCACUCGGAUGAGAGCAAGCAGCUCAAAUCAACAGGUCAAGCCUGGGGGGAGUCCAGGGCCUGGCAGUGGGUGCGUAGCAGUGCCCACGGCUCUUCCACUUCACGGCUGCUGGCAUUAGAGUGGAGCUGUCUCUCACCUCCCACUCCACCCUGUCCGUCAAGCACAACUGAUUCCACUGAUCUCACAGCUCCUCCCAUGAGGUUGUGUAUGGGGGACGGGCCCCCUGUCUCAGCGGCAGGACUGGUUAUCUGCCCUCUUGUCCUCCAUGCAACAGGCCUGUCCCCUUCCCUUCAGGGCCAUAACAGGCUGGAGAGCUGUCCCCCAGCUGAGAGGGAAUGACAGAACCAUGGGCAACUCAGAUUCAGCCCUCCUUUAUCUUUCUACCAGCUGCCGGUCAAGGGCAGUGGGAUCCUGAUGGAGCCUCUCCCCCCACCCCACCCCGACCCACACCCCUCCCUUCCUCCUCUUUCCUUGUUUCUUUGUGUGCAGUGGUUUGAAUGUGGGUUCCAUGCCUGGCCCAGCCCCACCUCAAUUUCCAGGACACCCCCUUCCCAGCUCCAGCCUGGAGGGUUAGGGACCAAGACUCCGGGAGACCAAAGGGCCAUAGUCACCCCUUGCGCCCAUCCACAGCUGUGCCCACUGGCAUGGUCACCUCUCCCCUUCUGCAGCCAGGACAGGGCCUGGGCCACUUCAGCCUGGGCUGGGGACAGCAUGGGACAGAGGCACAUGCCCCAGGGGACCCACAAUACCUACCCGCUCUGCAUGGCCCUGCAGCCUUUGGGGGAUGGAAAGAAGGAGCUGAGAGGGUAGGGAGAAGCGUGGCGUAGUGUGCAGAGCGCUGCAUAGGGAGGAGAGCCCUUGGUUCCUGGUGAGCCCUGCCGCUGACCU